CCGAGUGUGUGUAGAAACAUUAAUGAAUCCUUAGUCAAACCACUGCACUAGGGGGGUUAAAGUUAAUAAACAUAUGUUUUUUAAUUAUAAAAAUAUUAAAAUUUUGUUAAAAUUGCUUAUGGUUUUCAAAAUCUCAUGGUUAAUUUUGCACGUGACAAAUGGAAGUUUAAUUUGUCCAAGACAAACAAAUGAACGUUACGCGUGAUCAGGUAGGACUUGAAAUUUGAAUUCUGUGAUGUUAAAAAUGAUUAAGAAAAUAAUCGUAGUAAACAAGUCGUUGAGUAUCAAUUAUCAAAUGUAAAAACUAGUACUAAAAAACAGAGAAAGGGCUUUUGACGAGAGUAACGAGGCUGUGUGCGUCUCUGUUUCCAAAAUCUAAAGGAUCAAUAAAUUAAUUAGACAAUAAUGCAGCACUUCUUACUAUAGAUUAUUUCAGUGACAACAUAUCCCACUCAAGAGAGAUUUCAGAUCCAAAAAUAAAGCCAUAAUAAAUUCACCGUUAUAUGGAAAAAAGUUUUUCAGCUACACGAUGUUUAGUAUAAUAUGGUGAAAACCAUUCAGAGUAUUGAAAUGUAUCUAUAACUACACGAUGUAUAUGAUAAUACAUGCCACAUGUAUGAAGUAAAUAAAUAUAUGGUGCCAACAUUCCAAUUGGUUUUAAUUGAUUUAAUGAAACAUUUUGGGGUCAAUUCGUAAUUAAGAAACUUAACUCCGAUUAAGGCAAAACCCGACCCGACACAACUAUUUUCCCUCAAAUCGAAUUCCUUUGGGUUCCAACCCGAAAAAAUUGGAGAUUUCGAAGAAGAUAGAGACUGAGAGAGAUUUCAGAGUCAGAGAGAGUGAUUGUAACUGGGUUUGGUCUAAUCGAUUCAGUUUUGGUCUAAUCGAAUCCAAAUGAGCUAAAAGAAGAAAUAUGGCGACGACGAGCUAAGAAUCUGUGAACCCUUGCUUGUUUACUUCGAUGAUUGGAAUCAAUCGAUGUCUUUACCAUGUACUAAUGAUAUUAUUUUGAUAACAGUGAUUCAAUAUCAGUGAAGAUUAACUGCUUCCACUCGGGUGUGUUCAAAGCUGAAGAUGGGAAGCUAAAUUAUGUCGAUGGUCUUUUGGAGCAGUUUGAAGUCGAUGGUGAUGCGGCUUAUGAAGAAGUUCGGAAGAUCAUUGUUAAGAUAUUUAGAGUGGGGAGAAUGUGGUACAAGUUACCAUUUGAGGAUAUAUCAGAGAAGAAGGAGUUGCUUGAAGAUGACGAGAAAACCAAAAAGAAGAUGAGUUCUAAUGGUCGUUGGUACGAGGAGCUUGAUGUCUUCAUAGAGAAACCUGAAACUGGUGUUCUUACUGGUGAUGGUGCUGUGGUGGACGCAGUGACUGGGAACGAACCUGUUGAUGGUGACGAGUUGGAUGUUGAGCAACAAGAUGAUAAUUCUGAUGGUGAUCAUGGUGAUCAUGAAGCAGGAGAGAGUGAAGAUAAGUAUCAAGCGAGUGAUGAAUCUGAUAAAGAAGAGGAUAUUGACAGAAAUUUUGAAGAGGAUGUUGAGAUGUUUAGGGAUGAGAACUAUGAUGAGGAGAUUCCAGACGACGAGGAGGUAUAUUCUGACACGGAGGAGUCAUCUGAUGAUGAAGAGGAACAAGCUGAGAGGAUGGCUAAUAGGGGUGAAUUAGAUGGCAUUUUUAGUCUUAGGCAGACCUUUUACUGCGGUGAAGAGUUCAAGAAGCAAGUGAUCAAAUAUAUUCUGAAGACGAGAAGAAAUAUAGUCUUCAUCAAAUGGGAGAAGACAAAGAUUGGUGCUAAAUGUGGUGGUAAAGGAUGUGUGUGGUGUAUAUACUGCUCAGUAGAGAGACCCAUCAAGAAAUGGAUGGUGAAAGUGUAUGUUAACACACAUACGUGCCAUCCCACAGGGAAGUGUAAACUCAUCAAAGCCCCUGCCAUUGCUGAAGUUAUGUUGGAGAAAAUCAGGAAGAAACCUGAAAUGAGUGCUCCAAUGAUUAGAGAAGAGUUUAGGGAUAAGUUCUACAUCAUAAUCUCUCUCGAGCAGGCCAAGAUUGCGAGGCGUAUUGUUCUUGAUAAGCUACAGGCCGAGUGCAAUGAGCAUUUUGCAAGGCUAAAUGACUAUGAGAUGAAACUAUUACGUUCAAAUCCUGAUAGCAAAAUAGAGAUCAAUACAACAACAAAACCAAAUGGAGCGAAAGGAUUCCACUCCAUGUAUAUCUGCUUUCACAAAAUUCGCGUGGCAUGGAGGGAAUAUUGCAGGCCGGUUAUUGGAUUAGAUGGGACAUUCCUCAAGCACAGCUCUCUUCAAGGACUGAUUCUCACUGCGAUAGGAAGGGAUCCCAAUAACCAUAUAUAUCCAAUUGCAUGGGCUGUGGUCAACUCUGAGAGCAAUGAUAAUUGGCAAUGGUUUAUUCACAGGUUGAAGAUUGAUUUGGGUUUAGGUGUGGGUGAUCUUGUGACAAUCAUUUCAGAUCAGCAUAAGGGAUUGAUUCAUGGAGUUGCAGUUGAGUUGCUAAGAGCUGAACAUAGAGCUUGUGCUAGGCACAUUUAUUCUAAUCUGAAGAAGAAUCAUAAGUCUGAUACACUGAAGCCACUCUUCUGGCGUAUUGCAUGUAGCUACAACGAGGCUGACUAUGAGAAGAGUUUGGAUGUUUUCAAACAGUUUGAUCCACUAGCAGCUGACGAGCUUCUGAAGAAGGAUCCUUCUACUUGGUGCAGGGCUUUUUUCCGGAUAGGUUCGUGUUGUUCUGAUACACACAACAACUUCACUGAGUCUUUCAAUAGAACUUUGAAGAUAGCAAGAAAGAAGCCUUUCAUUCAGAUGCUUGAGUUGAUUAGAAGAGAUGCAAUGCAGCGGAUAGCUACUAGAUGUAAGACAGCGAAAGAUGAGACGAGUCUCGUUACAAAGAAGGCGAGAAAGGAGGGUGAAAAGUCUUGUGAUGAAGCUAAGCAUUGCUAUUCUUUGCCUAGCACAGGUGGUGAUUAUGAGUGUGUUGAAUUUGGAAAUGGUUACAGUGUGAAUUUUCCAUCUCGUAGCUGCGCUUGUAGGAAAUGGGACUUAUCUGGAAUUCCAUGUCGCCAUGUUGUAUCUGUUAUCCGUGAGAACGGUCUCGAGGUUGAAGAUUUUAUUUCAGAUUAUUAUUUGACAUCGAAGUGGCAAGGUUUGUACAUGAAUGGGUUGAGUCCUGUCAAUGGCCCAAAGUUUUGGAAGAAAUCUGGUGGAGACCGUAUUGAAGCACCGCCAUACAAGAGACCUCCUGGAAGACCAAAAGGGAAGGCAAGGAUCAAAGGAGUGAAUGAAUCUCCCAAGAAAAAUUCGACCAAAGUUGAUCGAAAAGGAAGAAUAGGUCAUUGUGGUCUAUGUGGUGGUGAAGGCCACAACUCAAGGAAGCGUCCUCUUGAGGUACAUUUCAUUUGAAUUUGUCAAUCUUUUGUCUUUGUUGUGUUUGAUUUAUUCAAUUUUCUUGCAGUCUGAAGAAAGCAGAAAGCGUAGGCGCCUCAACAUGGAACAA